GCAAAUAAAUCGUGGAAAAAACGGCUGGCAAUUUCGUUGCAAGAGCGUUGUUCGCAGUUGAAAACGUGGGCAGCUCUCGGUGUGGCAAUAUGGCGCCGUGCCCGGCCGUCCUUCCGUCCCACCUAUAACGCGUAAAAUGGGCAUUGCGGUUAAUUAACGAGCAUUACGUUAAGGCGGCAAUCUGCAUAAUUAGCGGCCCGCGCGUUAUGCACAUUCAUCAUUCGAAUAUCGCGUGUGUUUAUCGUUUACCGGCCAAUUUAUCCGUUGGAGAUUUUUAUUCGGUGCGAAAUAACCGUUUAAAAAGCGUAUCAUUUCUAAUGAUAUAUCUCGAGGCCGGGAUUAUCCAAGUUCUCGAUCGAACGGUGGAGGAAUAAAGAAGUCGUGCUCGUAAUUGUUGCCAGAGAGAGAGAAGAAAGUGAAUCGGGCGUUGAGAUUCACGUGGCGGGGGUAGAGGUGGAAAGAGGAGCAAAAGGAGUAGCUGGAAAGACACCGACCCCCUUAAGCGAGAUUCCUACCGGUUACUACUACCUUCUACUACGUCUACCUGUUAUUGCAGCCACGGAGCCGCAUUCCAGCUAAAUCUAAAUGCCUGUGUCACGGCUCGCAAUAAUCCUAAUGGCAGGUACACGAUGUUCCUGCUUCUGGGCGACCGUUUUCCACGGAUACCUCCUUCCUUCUUUUUUCGCGCCAAAACCACUCGCUUCCACUUUGAAUCGUGAGAUAAGAAUAUAUAUAUAUAUAUUUGAGAGGAUAAACUCUCAUUGAUGAGAUGUCGAGAGCGAAAGUUCUCUCUUUCGAACGAUUAAGAAUCGAGUUACAGAAAUUAGAAUUGAAUAAAUUGCUAUUUUUUUUUAUUAAAUUAUUAUUAGAUCUCUAACUGUGUAUGGAACGCGGAAGAAUAUUUCGCGAGUUACCAUUAAUUUCCUCGGAAAAAUAGAUAAACGAGAAAUAUAACUCCGAGGAGGAGUUAUCUUGGACCGAAAAGGAACUAACUUGCCGACGUUGGCAAGUUAUCCCGUGUCCGUUGAUAUCGUAACGAUCGUAAUGAUAAAUCAAGGCACGGGCAAGGUUUCGAGAUAUCGAAUGAUAAAAGUCGAAGAAACCGAGCACGAGUCACGAUUAUAGCUCGGGCAAAAGCCUCCUCCUCCUCCUUUUCGUUCCCUGAUAAUAAGAACGUUUCGAGGGGGGGGGGUUAAUCAGGGUUCGGUGCAGGGUUAUCCUGCGCCACAAUGCAUCGAACGGAGUUGGCGCAUCCGUCGCGUAAGUGGAUCUACCUAAUGGCUCUUACGUGACAACAACAUUUAGAUGGUUGCCGUGCGAUAAGUUGGGAGAAAACUGGAGCUUCGACUGUAUGUGCAUAAUAAAGGACUGUGUAGGUAAAAAAAAAAGGAUAUCGAGAAAAAUCUUCAUCCAAAGAUUGCAAUCAAUAAUAAAGGCUCGUUUUGUUAAGUAUAAGAUAAAUGUGUAAUCUUGAUUUUAUCGUUCUAGUGGUUUCAAGAGUAUUUAAGGAGACAUUGAAAACUGGGUUUAAUUAGUCAAUGAGUUUUAUCGUAAUUAUUUCUUUAUUUCUUAUGUAAUUUAUAAUUGUAUCACGAAAUGCAAUUAUAUAUCGAAUAGUAAUUGAUCGAUUUUCUGGGUUUCAUCUCGCGAGGGUUGCUAAGAAAAUUUUGUACAAAACGAAAGGAAAUUGUCGAGUAUUAGAUUAGAUCUGCCUUUAUUCUCAUCUCGUGCAACGUGACAUUUUCUCGUGUAAGCCAAUCGCAGCCUGCUCCCCAUGAUUCCUUAAUUAUGACUUGUGCAACUCGAAUUUAAAUGCAAUAAUUAUAGAAAAGACGCGAUCUUAAAACGGAUUUCCAAUUUAAAUUUGUCCGAUUCAAAUUAAUCAACUCGAAGAUUUUUAAAAAUCUACGCCAUAUAAAAACACAGUAUAUAUAUAAUACCCAUAAAUAUUAAUUCUUUUCGUUCCGCCAAUCUCGAAGACAUUUCUUUUCCUUCGAAUCUCACCGAAUAGAUCUUUUUCACGUCUCGCGUUUGUUUCUCGUAUCAUCCGACGGGCUAAUCAUCCCGUUUCGGUGAUCGCAUCCGCGAUACCUCUUCGUUUUUCUGCUCGCGCAACGUCCAACCGCGUGCACUUACUUUCUUCGGCCUCGAUCGGCCCCCUUGCGGGAGCCUCGCUUACGUAUCGCUUUCGCAAUCAUUAUUAGACGUUGUUGCGCAAGCGCGAGCGGCAGAAGAGAGAGGGAGAGAGGGAGGGAGGGAGAGGGGAGGGGAGGGGGUCUGUCCUAUAUGAAAUAUCGCCCGCAUUCAAUCUCGGCCGCGGAUACGUUGUAAUUAGCGUGCAAGACACUGCAACAGCCUCUGGAAGCCGGAGCCUCUAACGUGGCGUGAACGCGCGAUAACGCGGCUCGCAGGACACGCUCCGUGGUGUGUGUGUGUGCUGGAAAAAUUCAGAUGCCAUUUCAGAUAGGUGGGGAAAGGAGAGAUUCGCCACACGUGCGAAGUGGAAAGUGUUUAACGCGAGCCAGACUCGUGACAAAGCGAUCAUCUCGCCUUCCCAUCCUCCCGAUGUUGUAUAUCGUUCGCUCGCUUAUAUAUAAUAAUAAGUCAUGCGGAUUCGAUUCGAUAGCGGCCAGAAGAUAGAUACGGCGAGAAAAGGCGAGAGAGCUUUUCCUAUUUAGAGAUUCGACGUGACCGAUAAAUCUUUCCCGCGUGGAAUGUGGAUAUAUUGAAGGAAAAGGGGGAGGGGGGAAAGAAGAAAGGAUAAUUGCACGAUGAGGAAUAUCGAGGAACGAUGAUCUAAGAUGAACGUUCGUUGCGUUGUAAGGGGAGGCGCGUUGACAGAUGGUUGAGGGAAACGAAUUCUCUGUUACUUGGUUAUCUACGGUCGGUACAUGAUCGAGGGUAUUAAGAAAUUAAUUUUUCGUUAAAUUAAGGACGCAACGUAGCGUCGGUAAAAAAGGAAGAUGAAGGGAAUUUAUAUAUUUCUGGGAGGAAGGAAACUGAUCCUUCAUGAAAUUAUUUAUAUAAUCCUCUUUCUUUAGUUUCGAAUUUAAAAAAUCCAAAUUCUAUUUCAAACGAAUGACGAAUGAUUAUAUUGUACAAGUUUGAUCAACUAUUAUUAUUUGAACAAAUAUAGACGACGGAGAUGGGAAUUUCUCUCUUCUUUUCCCUGUACAUUUUCAAAGAUUUCAAUCUUUAUCGAGUCGCACGCGUUAUUCCACGAGAAACGAAAUGCACGUCGCAUUCCAUGGAAAAACGUCAAACGUUUCCAGUGUGCUAAAAGUUCGUAGGUUAUCUUUCAUCGUUGACCCGACACGUCGACACAACGUGUUCUUCAUCGAGUGCCAACUCAAUUAACGCGAUCACGACAACGAUAAAUCGUUUUAUCCCUUUCGUACGAUACCCUUCCUUCCUCUUUUCCCCUCGCGGGCCACGCGAUUCGAGCGAACAGGGAGUUAAAAGAGGGCGACACGUACAUAACCAGGAAUAAGCGGAAAACAAAAGAAGUUAAAAAAAAAAAAUCCCUUUUGAACACGAGAGUUCUAGCUGCUGCUGCUGCUGCUGGCUAGAAUCCAUUAGAAAGCAAGUUAAAGAGAAGUUUCUCCUAUUACGAAAUCUAUUCACACUCGUUUCAUAAUUUACGCGCUGCUUUAUUUUCUUUGUAACGGUUUCGAACAAUCCGAUUAAGUAAGCGCGACAAUCUUUCGAACAAAGAGGCGCAUGCUUAAAUAUAGCCCAACGGCCGGGCUAAGUUUAUCUUUAUUGAGGUUUAUAUACCGGUCCGUGUCGACCUCGUUGCUGUACAAAGUAGCUUGCCUGUUACGCGUUCCACCAUCUCCCCGACGACAAUUUUUCACAAUUGAUAAUUAUCACACUGCUUUUAAUUGUCUGGAUACAUUCCCGAACAAAAUCGUCGAAUUGAACAGCUUCGUGAACGAGUAUAUGCCGGAAUCCGUGAAGAGUAACAAAUACGACGACACCAUCCCCAUCGAGGGUAAAGUCAAGUGUCAAUCGACCAUAUCCACCUCGAAAAAUUGCGAUCUAAACAGUGUUUCGGACUAUGGCGUUUCGAGUUACUAUUCUCUGUCGAUGUGUGAUCGCAGUCGAUCCCGACACGGUAUUUGCAAAAGGAAAUACUAUCGAUCCCGAGGGAUAACUGGUUGCAACGUGCGUCGAAGGCCAGGACCGCUUGGACAACUGUUGGCAUUUUUAUUCAGCACCCUGGCCACGUGCACGAAAAAGAUCGUCAUAGCCCCGUCCCAGUACAUCGUGGACAACAUAAUCCCGACGUUUUUCCAAAGGAGAGAAUUGAAGAACGCACAAUGCGGGCCUUCGUCGAACUGGAGCAGUUCCCUUUCCACUUACGUGACCACGUUGAAGAAAGACACGACGGUGAUCGGGAAGCUGAUCGAUAUUAUGAGGCCCACUGUAGUGAAACUCAUCACCGACACAACGAUCUUGAAACGAUGGCUCCAAGCGAUCGCCUUGGCUACCGCGUCGCCCCCCAUCGAACUAACCAAUGCGACUCGCAACACCGAGACCAUCGAUUGUUGGGCAUACGAGCUGUUCUUUCAUCUCAAGUACCUUCAAGUGAAUCGCGCGCGACGGACCACCGACAAAGUGAUAGCCGAGACCGAGUCGAAAUCGAACGACGUGAUCCACGCAAACCUGUGGCACCGUUUGGUACAGCUUCGCGACAAUUAUAUCAUUCUGUACGAAACAUUGCAGAACUACGAUAAAAUUCGCGGCAUCGAGUCGGAGAAACAGAAAGAGUGAUGAAAAGCGAGAAAAUUUUACUCACGUAACUGUCGAGAGAAUAUAUGUAUAUACAUAUAUAUAUAUAUAUGUGUGUGUAUUUAUAUAUAUAUAUGUAUAUAUUAUGUACAAGCUAUAGUCGGCUCAAUGCAAUUUAAAUUUCCAUCGAAUAAAAGAAACGUAGAAUUCGUUCUAAUUCUCUCGCAGUUUUCCAAGGUACGUUUUUAAACGCAAGCUGUAAACGCCAGUAAUAGUUUCUAGUCUUAGAGUAGAGAGAAGGGCC